AUGUCUGCGACAGGGAAAUCGGCGUUUUCGCGCGCGCUCGAUGAAUACGUCCAGUCGCGCCCGGCGAAGAGCCAGACACCGCAGUUCGUCCAAACCCUGCAAGACCAGCAGCGCGCUGGGCUGGCCCUCAAUGGAGACGAGAUCAAGAAGGAUAUCGUACAUCUCGAAAAAAAUGCAACGGACCGCAAGGCCGCUCAGACAGCACGCAAGAUCCUCCGCCCGGUCGUGAAUAUGCUGUCGACUUAUACCGGCGUGGUGGACACCUUGGUCCAAGCAGACCCCAUGCCAACUGCAGUCAUCUGGGGCGCUUUAAAAGCCGUGAUUCAAGCCUCGUCGCGGUUUCUCGACUUAUAUGACAAGAUAAGCGACCAGAUCGACAGAUUGUGCGCGCAUAUAGAGACCCUGACUGGGUACGAGGAACUGUUCGGGGACUCCUCGGCCAUGCAAGAGCUCCUGCAGGCAUCGUACGUCGGUAUCUUCAGUUUCUGGAGACGCGUCGAGAAGGAGUGUAACCGGGGCGUCUCCAACCGAAUGCUCAGGGCAGUCGUCCCAUUCAGCACGGCCAAAAUCGAUGACCUGGUUGCGAGCAUCGGUAGCACUGCGGACGACAUGAGCCGGCUUAUUCCUGUCGUGCAAGGUCGCCUCGACAGGCGCGAACGCGAGGAUGCCGCUGCAGAACGUCGACUGGCAGGCAUCGCUCGAGCGGACCAGAAGCUGCUUUCUCAGAUGUACCAGGAAGACCUGAAAAAGCGCAAUGAGGAAAGAAAGCUCCAGAGGCAGAAGGACGUGCGCGACUGGCUCCGUGGCGGCAAAGCGCUACUCAACGAGAGCAACUUCCGGCAUCAGGAUUAUAAACAGCGCGCGCGAAGCCCUGGUACCUGUGAAUGGCUACUGGAGAAUGAGAAAUGGAAGAGCUGGGUUGAUGUCCAGUCCGCGGUCUCCCAACUGUCGAUACGAGCAGCCCCUGGGGUUGGAAAGUCCGUCUUAGCAGCCUACGCUGUGAAUGCUCUCUCUGGCAUCAGUCCCGAUGGUGCUGCUGUCGUCUACCAGUACUACACCUGUGAUGACGACUUCACGGCUCUCCUGGUAUACCGAUGCCUUGCCGAGCAGCUUGCAAAUCAACUGGGAAAGCACACUGCCAAUAUGCCCGAGGACAUCCACACCUUUACGCAACAAGGCGGAACGAGUGCCCGGAGUGAAGAUAUCCAAACAAUUAUCAGGAUGCUUGUUGAGAGGCUCCCCGCGACGUACGUUAUACUGGACGGCCUGGACGAGAUGUGCGAGACAGAGAAGCGAAGGCGAGAUCUGUGCGAUGUUAUAGACUUCCUACAACAGCUGUCGAGUGCAGCUCCAAACCGGCUGCGUGUGUGGUACAGCUCGCAGAGCCGUGCUUGUCUCGACUCUCGAUUGACCAGCAUUCCCUCGAUCGAAGUGACGAAAGAUCUCAACAGCUCUGACAUCGAGAGGUAUUUGUCCAUGUCGAUUGUUGACCUGGACAGUUUAGAGCUCGACGAAGGGUACAGGAAUCUGAUCCUCCAGGAGCUGCGUGAGAAGGCUGAUGGGUGCUUUCUAUGGGCCUCCCUGAUGCUAGACUCCAUGUCCAAUGCUAUCACGCUGCAGAUGGUCCAGCAGCUCAUUGACGAGGGCCUUCCGGAUAAUUAUGAACGAUACUAUCGCCGAAAGAUGGAAAGCAUUCAACCACCUCUCAGAGGAUUUGUUUCCCUACUGCUGGCCUGCAUUGUCCAUGCUAAGCGGCCCUUACGACUGGAGGAGCUCUGCGAGUGCACCGCCAUGGCACAAGCAAAAGAGGGCCAGGAUCUCAACAGCAACGAGAAGCUCGUCAGGAGCAGGGUCUUGCAACUAUGCCAGCCCCUCGUGCAGGUCCACGAAAGCGAAACCGAAACAGGAGAAACAAUAUCUAUCUGCACACUGACACACCGGUCCGUUCAAAGUUUUCUGCUUAAAAAUCCGGACAUCUUGAAAGAUGGCCAGGAUUCCAAGACGUACGCCCUCGAUAGUAGGCUCAUGGCGGAUAUAUGUCUCAAGUAUCUGCUGCAGCCGCGCUAUGGCCAGUUGCUCUGCAAAAGGGAGGACACAUAUGUCGACAUUCAUGACAGCGAUAUCAUGGACCAUCAUCUCCUUACCUACUCAGCAAAGUACUGGGACAGACACCUGGAUAGCGUGGAAGCCUCACCCGACGUUUGCUCCCACGUGUCGAAACUACUCAAGAGUGCCCAAUUCUUCACCUUACUGCAGGUACAAAGCCUCUUCGUGGAAGGUCAAUUUUCAAUCUGGCUGAAUACGCUCCGUCCCUGGGCUGGUAAGCACUUCCGACGAGUCUUCCCUCACUGGCUCGAGAAUAGUUGCUCCGAAACCUUUGGGUCUAAUUAUGAAGCAUUAUUGACUGAAUGGGGGUUCUUCCUGAACGAAGAGGCCGGCUUGGAUGGAGUCCACGCUGGUGAGAUUGACCGGUGCUUCUUUGGCGCGCUGGGAGGCGACAACGUACUUCACAAGGGCCCAUCCAGGUAUAAAAGCCUAAAGUUCCUCGAGAAUGAAGGCAAGGCUGUUCAGUCGCCGAUCAGGUGUUUUGAUGCCCUGGACGCGAGCGGGACCAAACUAAGGGUGGUCAAGAUGGAGGGACUGAGCACUGAGGACUUGGUGCUUACAUGUGAAAGCUGGGAUCUAAAUGGUCCACAGGGCCAGCUCCAGGGAGUCCAGUGGUUCCGCGUCUCAUCAGAGAAUUGGUCUCUGUAUGAAUAUCCCUUGUCCAAGAAAGUCUUCGGGCGUCCGGACUUGGUAUCAUUCAGUAGCGACCUCCAGUAUAUGCGCAUUGGCUCUCGUAUUUUCAUGCAGGACGAGGACCUCGAGUACAAGCCGCUCCCUAUUAGCGAGAUAUACUUUGAUGAAAUCGCCAGCAAGGACAACUUUGUGGCCCUCACAACAAGACGACCAGUCGAUGCAAAGGACAUUCAGACCCCAGAACAAGCAGCCAGCGGAAAACCGGUUGACUAUGCGGAGAUCAAAAUGCAGGACCUGAAAGCAGAGAUGAAGCUGCUAGAUGAGAUAGCCGCUGCAACUUCCCUUGAGUCCACCGUCUCUACGCAGCCAACGACUACGAUUACAACCGAUCGUGAUAGUGACGAGGUAUCCAGGGCAUCGUCGGCGUCUUCCGCUGUGUCGAAUGGUCCUGAUGACGUUGAGUCCACGGCAGACAAGAAGAGUUGGGCGGAUAGCUCGAACACAGACAAGUUGCUAUUUCCGUCGUCGUCUGGGUCCGCUGGGAAUUCAGCAUAUACGUCAUGGAGCGAGGGGUCAACCGAGCAUUCAUCUGAUGAUGUCGAAGAGGAGGACGACCAGUGGAAUGAUUGGCAUCAGAAGCUGAAUCCUGAAGAGUUGGAUCUUGAAGAGCGUGGAAGCCUGGGGAGUGAUAACCAGUCAUUCGAAGCCGACAUAGAAAGCGAUUUCAACGAGUCUGACUCUGAUAUCCCCAGUGUCAGAAGCGGUGCACAUUCAAUCAGAACGGUGAGUGGUUCUGACUCUGCACCAAAGGCCCCAUCCAGUUCUUACACCUUCAGCAAAUACAGCGGCUCCGAAGGCGAUAGCGACGGUUCAGAAAACGGAGAUGGAGCGCACCUGCAAGAAAUGAUGCUGGGAGGAAGAGCCGCAAGGGUUGACGGGAGCAAGAGGACCAGCAUUCGUGUGUAUGAUGCCACCAGGCCGGAGUCUGUGCCUGUCUUCCACUACAACGGCUUCGUCAAGGGAGCCCUAUUCGACUCCCCGCCAGCGUUCCAUCCAACAAAGUCUCUCCUGGUUUGGCCGCUGGGCGACGGACAGAUCCUGUUUGCAAAUCACCAGGCGAACACUUACUUUACGCGGCAGCUGUGUCGGUCAGCAUACAACACUUGCCAUGUCUCCAUCAGGUCACACUUUUCCUCUGACGGACAAUAUCUCCACUUUGCGGCCCUGGAGGCCGGUAAGGUCCAGGGUGAGGGUAAGCAGACUGGCGAGGACAAGAAGACCGGCGCAGAAGAGGGGCCUCCUGUCCAUCUCAAGCUACAGGUGUCAACGCACAGGCUGUCCUCUCGAAAGACCGCCAGCAGUCCGCCGCGUCUGAUAUUCCGCACAACGCUUGAUAUCGGUGUCGUCUCCAAGAUCCCUGUAUCCAAUCUCCCAUUCUUCGUAACCUGGGCCGACAGGGAGCUCUUCCUUUUGAACCGCGGACGCACCCUCGACGUAACCAGGAUUCCCUUAUUCCGCAGGCCAGAACAGACAGGGUUGAGCAUUUGCUCCCUCAAGGAUCCCAUCUACCUACCACGCUCAACCGAGUCCCGGAGCAUGCAUUUCGUUCCCGCGCCGGAGCCCUCUAUAUCUGAAUCCCCUGCCGAUAGAAAAAGGGCCAAGCGGUUUGCGUCUCUUAUCCUCGGCUCUUAUUCUAGCUCCCCGACUCGCGAAGUGUUUGUCCCGAAGGCUUUAUGCGACACACCAAUCGCUGUCUUCCUCCGCGAGAACAGGGAUUUGGUCUGGCAGUGCAAGUCAACUUCGGCAGAGGCAGAGGAAAUGCCGUUAGUCAAUUCUGCCUGCGGGCGGCUGAAGGGUAAAUUCGAGUCUUUUGACCUGGAGGAGGACUGUGAUAUUGUACCGUAUUUCUUCUGA